GCGAAGGCGCGGCCAGGACGCGCCUCCUUAGUCCCCGGGAGGAAGGGGAAGGAAGGUGGCCGCCGGCUCGUAAACAAUAGCCCGGCUGGCGGCUUUGUUCGCAGCCCGGCGGGAGGGUCCGGGGCUCCCCGUGCCCGCCCCGGUGGCGCUCGAACGAGGGAAAUACUCACCCUGCCUGCCUGCUGAAGUUUGCCAGGCCAGGGUUUUUCUCGUCACUGAGAGUACGUUGUACAGCAAAACAGAGAACGGAGAUGUUCCAGCACAUGGGCACAACAAUGCAUGAAGCCAGCCGCAUUGCUUGAGUUUAUUUUGGAGAAAGAAAACUUCAUCUGUGCUUAACAAGACUUUUCCUGGGAGGCAGAACAGAAACAGGAAGGGAAAACAUUGCUUUAAAGAAAUCUGAAGAUGAGCGCCCACACCCAAACUGCAGAGAAAGGACAGAACACGACACUUCUUUGCCAGGAAAGCUAUGUUUGCAGUGGGACAGAUGAAGCAAUUUUUGAGUGUGACGAGUGCAGGAGCCUGCAGUGCCAGCGUUGUGAAGAAGAGCUGCAUCAGCCAGAAAGGUUACGGAACCAUGAACGGACCCGUAUAAGACCUGGCCAUGUCCCGUACUGUGACUCCUGCAAAGGUGCCAAUGGGAACAUAAUGCAUGCCAGUAUGACGGGCUCGAGGCAGAUGGCAGCAGUGAGGUGUCAGGUGUGCAAAAUCAACCUCUGUGUGGAGUGUCAGAAGAGAACACAUGCUGGGGGGAACAGAAGGAAGCACCCUGUCACCAUAUACCAUGCUGGCAAAGCCCAAGAGCAAGAAGAGGAGGAGGGGAUGGAUGAGGAGACCAAGAGAAGGAAGAUGACAGAGAAAGUUGUUAGUUUCCUCUUGGUGGAUGAAACUGAAGAGAUUCAGGUAAGGAAUGAAGAAGACUUUAUUAAGAAACUGGACUGCAGUCCUGACCAGCAUCUAAAGGUAGUGUCCAUCUUUGGGAACACGGGGGAUGGCAAGUCUCACACCCUUAACCACACUUUCUUCUAUGGCCGGGAAGUCUUCAAGACGUCUCCAGCCCAAGAGUCUUGCACAGUUGGAGUCUGGGCAGCCUAUGACCCUGUCCGCAAAGUGGUGGUAAUUGAUACAGAGGGCCUCCUGGGGGCCACUGUGAACUUGAGCCAGAGAACACGGCUGCUGCUGAAGGUCCUGGCCAUCUCUGACCUUGUCAUCUACCGUACUCGUGCUGACAGGCUCCACAAUGAUCUCUUCAAAUUCCUUGGUGAUGCCUCGGAGGCUUAUUUAAAACAUUUCACCAAGGAGCUAAAAGCUACUACAGCCCGUUGUGGCCUAGAUGUUCCUCUGUCAACUUUGGGUCCAGGUGUCAUCAUCUUUCACGAGACUGUGUACACCAAGCUGCUGGGCUCUGAUCAUCCUUCUGAAGUUCCUGAGAAGCUCAUUCAGGAUCGGUUUCGGAAGCUAAGCUGUUUUCCUGAGGCUUUCAGCUCAAUCCACUACAAGGGAACAAGGACAUACAAUCCUCCAACAGAUUUCUCUGGACUUAGGCGAGCUGUGGAGCAGCAGCUGGAGAACAAUACCACUCGGUCACCUAGGCAGCCUGGGGUUAUCUACAAAGCACUAAAAGCUCUAAGUGACCGGUUCAGUGGGGAGAUACCCGAUGAUCAGAUGGCUCACAGCUCUUUCUUUCCAGAUGAAUAUUUCACAUGCUCCUCUGUGUGCCUCAGCUGUGGGUGUGGCUGUAAGAAGAGCAUGAAUCAUGCAAAGGAAGGAGUCCCUCAUGAAUCCAAAAGUCGAUGCAGAUAUUCUCACCAGUAUGAUAACAGAGUUUACACUUGCAAGGCGUGUUACGAACGAGGGAUGGAGGUCAGUGUGGUGCCAAAAACCUCUGCUUCCACUGACUCUCCUUGGCUGGGUCUUGCCAAGUAUGCUUGGUCAGGAUACGUGAUUGAGUGUCCUAACUGUGGGGUGGUAUACCGCAGCCGACAGUACUGGUUUGGCAACCAAGAUCCUGUGAACACUGUAGUGAGGACAGAAAUUGAGCAUGUCUGGCCAGGGACUGAUGGAUUUUUGAAAGACAACAACAAUGCAGCCCAGCGUUUGUUGGAUGGGAUGAAUUUCAUGGCACAGUCAGUAUCUGAACUUAGCCUGGGACCCACAAAAGCGGUGACCUCCUGGCUGACUGACCAGAUUGCCCCAGCUUACUGGAAACCCAACUCUCAGAUCCUGAGUUGUAAUAAGUGCAACACGCCUUUUAAAGAUAACGACACUAAACAUCACUGCCGGGCCUGUGGAGAGGGCUUCUGUGAUGGCUGUUCUUCCAAGACCCGUCCAGUGCCUGAGCGAGGCUGGGGACCGGCACCAGUGCGCGUGUGUGACAACUGCUAUGAAAACAGGGGCAUGCAGUUAGAUGUGGCUGAGCUGCCUUCCGAUGAGGAAGGGGGAACACUUAUUGCCAGGAAGGUGGGGGAAGCUGUACAGAACACUCUUGGAGCAGUGGUGACAGCCAUGGACAUUCCCUUAGGUCUGGUAAAAGAUGCUGCCCGACCUGCAUACUGGGUGCCAGACCAUGAAAUCCUGCACUGCCACAACUGCCGGAAGGAAUUCAGUAUCAAACUCUCCAAACACCACUGUCGGGCCUGUGGCCAGGGAUUCUGUGAUGAAUGCUCACAUGACCGCAGAGCGGUUCCCUCUCGUGGAUGGGAUCACCCAGUCCGAGUUUGCUUUAACUGCAAUAAAAAGCCUGGUGACCUUUAACCCCAGGCUCUUCUCCAGAUCUUUGCAAUUCCUUAUGUUCUCAGGGUUACAAAUGAAGUAUCUGGUCUCCCUUUCACACCUUAACCUGUUGCAGCCAGAGUGCAUGUUUCCAGUUUCUGGCCUCCUCUCGUGUUAUAUCCAUCUUGGAACUCUGGGAAUGAGCUUACAUUCAGCCUCUAGGUUUUAAUUUCAAAUUAACUGGGAAAGGGAGGGAACUCCCUUGCAAAUGAGCAUACCAAAAUCCAGUGUAUUUUAUUCCAAUUAAAUAUAUAUAUAUAUAUUUAUCUAUGUAUAAUUUAGUAUAUUAAGAAUGUGGUUGGCUAAUGAAGCUUUGAGUAUUCCUAGUUCAAAUGAUGGAUGGUGGUGUUCCUUACUAUAUUGGAUCAGAUUUACAGCCUUCUGGUUCUUUUGGAACAUCUUGCUGAUCACAAUGUCCUGUGAGGAAGGUUUGGACUCUGUGCUGCCAGGAUAUCUCCAAUGUUUAUGUAUCAAUUACACGUGCUAAUUCAACCAUCCCUGCAUCUGGAGGUGUUGUAUUUCUGGCCAUGGAAGAUUAAACUUGGAUUAAUUAGAAGUUUGUUUGAACUGUGAUAAGGGCAGUGGUCUUGCAGUGCAAGAGCUAUCAAGUUGAAAUAGACCCCCUGGUAGAGACCAGUAGAGCUCUGAAAGGUAAAGCAAAUCACAUGGCACAAGGCAAAGCAUUCUGAUUUUGCCAUUUCAACUUCAAUACAGAUCAAAAGCUAGCAGGGUCUUCUUCUCCCUGACAAUGUUCUCAUGUACUCAGGUUUUCUUCAAAUUUUUCUGCCAGCUUGUUGCCAUUAAAAGUUUUGUCCAGAGCAGAACAAGAGAACAAUUUAUGUAGGCAGUUCUGAAAUAUGACGUUUGAGUUGUUUGGGUUGUGAUGACUUGUUUUCCCCCCCCCCCCCCCACUAAGAGAUUCUGGGAGUCUCGAGCCUCUGUGUUCUCAGACAUGGUUGCAUAGAAACUACACAGAUUUGACUUAUCUUUUUUCUAGUAAUAUGAAGUUAGAAAUCCACUUGGAAAAUGGGAACUUUUCUUCUUUGCCUCUAACAGCUGGCACUCACUGGACUUCAUCCUUUUAUUAAUGGACUGCAAUGGAUUCACUGAUUUUAUUAUCAAAAGCACCACUUAACCUAACUAAUAUUGUCUUGUACUGUGGAUUUGAACUUGUGGUUCCAGUCAUAAGAAGUAAGAGACCAUUGUGGAUUGAACUGUCUAAAAUUCUCCCUUCUUGGCUUACGUAGACAAGGAUUCUUCCACCACAUGAAAGUUUUCUCCUCUUGGAGUGGCUGGAGUUUGAUGCAAUGUCCUGAAACUGUGGUAUUCCCCCUGUCCCCCAGCUUAUUAAAUGUGCUCUUGUGUAGGUGAGUGCCCAACACCCUGUUUCUGGACUGUAUUAUUAAAUUAACUGCUAUAAAAGACUUUAUCUUCUGAGCAAGCGUACUCUUUUUUUCCUUGUAACAAGUGGUCUCUGAAAGAACAUUCUCACAAACUGAUUGCCCCUUCAACAACAUCCAGGCUACACAGGGGAGUAGACUUGGAGGACAUUCCAGGACACAUUUGGUACUGGCCAAGUUUACUGGGGACUGUCUAAUGUUUUUGUAAGCAAAGUGUGCCAUGAAAGGACAAUUGCGCAAGGGAGGGCACGAGUAGGUAGGAAUCCUCUCUUCAAAAGACAUUCUGCAUAUCCAGCCUAAUGCUGUGCUUCAAAGUAAUUUUUUUUUUUUUAAAUGGGAGAGCAAUGUGUUCUUUGUGCUGUUUAUGCAUGUAGCUUUACUACCAUGUUAAUGCACAAAGAGAUAACAGCCAUGACAUUCCUUGUAUAAAAUCUUUGGCAUCUGUCUCAACAACUUGUCUGGGUUUUUUUUUUUUCCCUUGUCACAGCCAGAGUUACUACUCAGUCAAAGAGAAAAUAUCGACUGAACAGUUUUAGUAUAUUUGUGAUCUUAGUAGCUUAGCAACCUGUCAAUAUGCCGAGUCCAGUCUUGAUUGAUUAUCCUGGAGCUGAAUUUCUUGUGCUGUUGCUCAACAAAGCAAAAUCUUACGUGGUGCUUAAACUGUCAGAGGCUUGGUGUUAUUUUUUCUGGACAAUGCUGAGAGGCUUACGUGGAUUCUUUGUUUUCCAAAAUGAAAAAAAAAAAAAUCUGUAGGGUUGAAGUUCACUGCUGUUUUCUGUAUAUAAGAGCUUUUGUUUUUUUCUGAUAGUUUUGGGUGCUGUGAAUAUGCAGAGUAUAGAAUACGGUUAUUGAAUGGAUUAGCUAUUUAUAGAGGAUAAAUGAAUAUUUUAGCAGAGCCCAACACUCUUUGGUGUUACUACAUUAGGAUUCAAUAAACAAAAGGAAACCUAAAUUAGGGAAAUAGAAAUUCUGAAAAAAAAUCACUAAAGCAAGUGACAUGGGAGCAUCUUGUGCUUCUGCCUGAAGAGAAGAGUUAAUUCCAGCAGUAGAAACCUGUGAGGGUUUUGUUGCUGAACUUGGAGAGAUGCUUUGCAUGCAGAGGUAUUGGUAGUAUCUAAACAGAGUGUGUCAUUGCAAAACCUGUCAGCAGUUAACAGCAGCCUUGCUGGAGCUCUGCUAAAGCCUGAACUGUGGGUGCUCAAUAAUGGUGGUAUGAGACACAUCUGACACUCUAAUGCAACUCCUGUGUGAUGAAGUCUUGUUUAUUCACAAGGGCAGGGAUAAGAGGUGACCAUUUUCCAGAAAAUUUCCAGAUCUUUGUGUGUUUUACUGAGGACAAAUUAAUUACCUGUCAUGAAAUUUCAGUUUGGAUCAACUGAAGGUCACUGUAAUGUUAGUAUUUCAGUAGUUAAAAUCAGCACACUGUCUUGGCAAGAUAAGGAAUUCAGUUGGUCUGAGAUAUGGCAUGAUAACAGGAUGAAGUUGACUGUUGUAAAUCUCUUGCCAUGAAAAUGCCAUCAGGUUGAUUUUUGGCAGAUCAAGCAGCCUCUGUGCCUCUUCUGGUUAGAAAAUGCUAUCAAAAACAUUGACUAAGAAUCAUGUGAAUUUACUGAUGUUCAAAGAUGUGUGAAAAACAUCAGAAAAGCACCACAAACCUAGCCUAGAUUUGUAGAGGAAAAAAGUCUGAUGUAAUUGCUCUAUUCUGAUGUAUUUAUUUCUAUUGUGGGUACCUAUGCCAAUUCGUCAUAAAGAUUCAUCUUCAAAUAGGUGGUGUGGGUUUUUCUCUCCUUCUGUGGUGCAUAUAUGUGAGAUUCAUAUAGAUGUGCACACUUUCAGGUAGACUCCCUAGCCAAAACCAUUGGGCCAAAUGUGACUUAUACGUGUAUGAGGUGCACAUUGCUCCUGAGACUAAGAGCUUGGGAAACAGAUGGCAGAACAGCAUGUUUGUAGCAUGUAGCUAUUGUCACAGUAGCAGCAGGCUGGAACAUGUAGCUUCUUGCAUAGGAAGAAUCGUUCCGUCUUUCACUUCCCUGCCCCCGUCCCCCUAAUGGGUUUUCUUGCUUAUUCGUGCUCCUGCCUAGUUCCUCACAAGUGAAGUUGCACUCGCUGAAGUUGGCCAAGGUAUCCCUUGCGUUCCUGUCUCUGUCACUUAUAAGCUGGACCUUUGGUUGUGUUCUGGAAAACAUGACAGCUCUCACUAGCUUUUGAUGUCAACAGAAAUUGUUGAAAUAAACACCAUCAUUAUGUUAGACCUGCCUUGCGUUUGUACUAGGUGUCUUCUCUGUGGCUGUGCUGAGACAUCCAUGCAUGUAACAGCUUUGAGUAGCCUGGGCUUUGACAUUGCAGGACUCCGGCUUCUCACAUGGUCAUACAGACUUUGCUCUUCAUCUUUUUGUUUCUAGCAUAAGCUGCUCAAUGAUGCUUGAGUACUAUCAUCUCACUCUGGCAGCCUCUCGUUUCCAUGUUUCAUUGUCAACUGAUGUCAGUCACUGCAGUUCCAUAUAUUGUGUCAUCGUUCUUGCGUGUGAUUUAUUGCUGAUGGCUGUAAUAUAAUUUGGCACUAACAGAUAUGUCUUUGCCUGCCAGUAAUUUGAGAACAGAGAGUGAUUUGAACAAGUGAUAGAACUGUCUGAUUUUUGUCAUCUGUGUCCCAUCCCUACCCCUUGUUUUAGCUGAGCACUCUUUCUUGGUAAAGCAAUGUUGACAUGUAUAUUCUGUCAUGAAAUGUUUUUCUUCCUAGCACAGGCACAUCAACAAUGAAGUCAUAGUAAUGCCAAAAUAAAUAGAAACUUACUAUGAGGGCUUUCAAAAUCAACAGUAUAAUGUGACAAAGACAAAACUAAAUUAGAAUGGCAGCUAGUCAGCUAUCUUAGGCCAAAAUUGAAGUGCAUUCAGCUUUUUAACAUCAUUUUAAUUGAGUAUAACUUAAGCAAAAAGUAAAGUGAUACAAAUACAAUUUAUAUAUAUGUAUUUGUGUGUAUAUAUAUAUAUAUAUGAAGUCCUUAUGUAGGAAAUGUCUCUGCUGUGGUAUUACAGAAAUUCUGUGUGGAAUACCUGGAGAUUUUGAAGCACUCUGAUUUCUGUCAUUUUGAAAAGCUGGCUAAGUCUUUCUGGUUCUGCUUAAAAAGCAAUUUUACAGCAGCACUGAGAGAGAAGCAGUAUUGUAUGGAUGGUAAUGUACAGAGGAUGACUUGUCAGGAAGGCUUUGCAGUUACUGUGGUACUUAUAGAACUGCAAAUAGGAAAAUUGUUUGAACAAAAGAUAAGUGAUCUUGAUUAUAUUUUCAGACAUUACCUAAAACUGAUGAUCAACUUUGUGCCUUGAAACAUGAAAUGAAUUGGUGAAGUGCUUUAAACAGUAGAGUUGAGCAUCUUUCAACCUCUCUUUCAACCUCUCUUCAAAACCCCUGCCUAGAAAGUGCUUUGGGAUAGCAUUGAUUGCUUGAUUCAGCUCACAGUAUGUGUUGAAUUUGCAAGUAUUCACAAGCAGUUUAAGGUCUGGGGACCAAAGCUGUAUUGUCCACUGCCGAAUUAUAACUUUUCUGAAAGCAGCUACUGCGAGGGGACAUAUUGAGACUAUGUACGCAUUCCUGUUUGAAUUCUUGCUUCCUUGCACCAAAUGCUUAACUUUCUAGUGGUAUUAGAAUAUAUCCGUAUUAAGCUCAAAA